CAGGGAGAUGCUGACAGUGCAUUGGACCAGCUAUGGUAGAAGAAGAAGAUUGAAGUUCGUCAGCAUUUAAACGAAAGCAUUAGAUUCUUUUUACUCUGUUUCAGGACAGAGAUUUUGUUCCUACAUAAUGAGUUUUGGUUCAUUGGCCACGUUUCAACUCUGCCAGUUGAUUACUCCAGGACAGAGAUUUUGUUCCUACAUAAUGAGUUUUUGUUCAUUGGCCACGUUUCAACUCUGCCAGUUGAUUACUCUUUCUUGGAUUGUUUGAUUGAACAAUUCUUCUUCACUGCUAGGUUGAAUUGCACGAUUUCCAUUCGUUAUUUGACAUCUAUCUCAUCAAUUUCUUGGAAUUUUGAGGAAACUAAAAAACCCCAGAGACUAAAAACAGUUGGUGCUGCUGCUUGCUGGGGCCCGCGACCAAAGACAAAACUUUAAAACUUUUAACCUUUUCUAAGAAGCCGGCCAGGACUUGAAACGAGGUUGGUUCAGCGGAAACUCAGUGAAGGAGAGCAAUGGAGCCGACGACCCCAACAAAGCUGGAAUACUAUGAUCAAAUGUCGAAACUUCAAUCCAAAGCCACCCUUCUUUCCUACUUCAAGGGUGAUGAUGGAAGGGAAGCUUUGAUUUUGGACUCUACAAUCUUCCAUCCACAAGGCGGUGGCCAACCUUCUGACACUGGUUUUAUUAGUAUUGCCAAUUCCAACCACAGAUUUUGCGUGCAAGAUGUUAGAUCAAAAGAUGGAGUUGUGUUUCAUUAUGGAGUUGCUGAGAAUUCCAGUAGGGAAAGUGAAUUGGAGCAAGGAAAAGGGAAAGAAGUGUCUUUGCAAGUGGAUGAGUCACGGCGGCGGCUGAAUUCUAGGUUGCACUCAGCUGGGCAUUUGCUUGACAUAUGCAUGAGAAAUGUUGGAUUGGGGCAUUUGGAACCUGGGAAAUGCUAUCAUUUUCCAGAUGGGCCAUUUGUUGAAUAUAAGGGUACAAUUCCACCAAAUGAAUUGCAAAGUAAGCAAAGGGAACUAGAGAUGGAAGUUAACGCCUUGAUAUCUAAAGGAGGGAAAGUUUAUGCCACACUAUUACCAUAUGAAGAAGCUGCUGAGCUGUGUGGUGGUUCUCUUCCUGACUAUAUUCCGCAGGGCAGCAAUCCUCGUAUCAUUAAGUUAGGGGACAAUCCUGGUUGUCCUUGUGGUGGCACCCAUGUUUCUGAUGUUUCAGAGAUCACAAGUUUGAAGGUCUCUCAGAUCCGCACAAAGAAGGGAAUGGCAAAAGUAUUUUACAGCAUUGGAACUUAAUAGUUGGUGUUUGAUACUCAAUAUUAUAGGCUUUUGAUCCCUUACUACAACAACCAUUCUGAUUCGACGACUACCAUCUUCACUCAGUUGAGCCAUUUUCAUUCAAGAUAGAAUGUUCAUCAACCCUUCAACAAUAAGCUUUUCACUGUCUAUACAGUGGCAGAGCAGCAUAUAGAACAUUCCUUAAACUUUUAAUGGUUUGUAUGCCUUUUUUUUCUCAACCCUGGUUAAUCUUCUCUACUUUUUGAGUCCAAGCUCAUCUCCUUGCUGCUGAUGCCCUAAAGCCAGUAUGAAACUGCCAAACUGGGGGAAUGCAUGGCUGGGCUUGGUCACUUGAGCUGGUUUCUGUUGAGUGGUGGAUGGAAACGUGUGUUCACACUUGACACCUUGCCAAGUCCCAUUUCUUUUGUUGUUUUCUGUGGCUUCUUUUCUUCUACGUUUCUUUUGCUAAAAUGUUGUUUUGUGUGACUAUAAUAAUUUGGGGUCGACGUGGGCUAAGAGGCUUCUGUCAAAUGGGUGUCGAUAGCCCUAUCACCCUACUGUACUAGGAUAAUUUGGCAGUGUGGUCCACACCAUUUGUAUGUAUCAGCAGAGUUUGCAGAUUCAAUCUUGGUCUCUAA